AUGUCUUCAAGUGGAUGGGAACUUGUUACUAAAAAUAAAAAGGAUAAAAAUUCUGGAAAAAACAAUAAACUUACUAAAGUUGAAAAGAAAAAAUUUAUUGAAAAUGCACCGAAAGUUGAAGAUUUUCUUCCACUGAGUCAAGUUCAAACGCUGUUUGACAACUUUAAUGGCAACAAGGAGAACAAAAUGCCAAAAGAUAAGGAUAACAAGACCAAAGAGAAUGAAGAGAAGAAAAAACAACAGAAAUUAAAUGCACAGGUUGAUAAUAAAAAAAAAUUACAACAACCAAAACCUAAAGAGAAAAGUAAACCUGUUGAAAAAAGUGCUAUUACUGUGGACCAAAUAAAUGAAUUAAUAGAAACAAAUCGUGUUAAAUUUCCUGAUGCUCCAUUAAUUUGGCUGAAAGAUUUAGUGGCAUACUUAAAUGCCAAUAUUUCGGAAAAAGAAGAAAUAACACCUGCAACAAAACCCGAUACUUACCCUUUAAGUUUGAUAACAAAGGCAGUACGUACGUCGUUUGAAAAAGUUAUAAAAUCGGUAGGCAUACAGACGGCUCAACUUUUUUACGAGAACACGUUACUGCUGAUGGCGAAAAAUAUGGCGUUUGGGUCAUCGAGUAUUGGUUGUAAAAUAUUCAUCCAAUUAUUGGCGUACAUCCACCCAGAGAUCACAUGUGGUAACAUUGAAAAAUUGAUAAGUCUUCGCAAUUCAUAUCAAAAUAAAAAGUCUAUCGGCUUGGCGAUACUGUGGGCCCUUGCUCAGGGUGGAAAAAAAAAUUUAACUGUCGGAUUGACUCUUUGGCACGAAGUUAUGGCUUCGAUGCUCGAAUCGAGGAACUAUGCGUAUCAUGUUACUAAAAUAUUGAGAGAAAUGUUUACUAUUCAUAGCAAAAAUAUAAACAAUAGUUUGACUAUUGAUAUGUAUUUAAAUAUUGUUGAUGACUUUUGUUCGGGUAAAAUUAAUAUUCAUACGUCUCUCAAUAAAGAAGUUAGCAGUUGUUUGCAAUUUUUAAGGGAAACAGUAAUUCAAACCGAUAAAAUAGAUGUCAAAUCAUUAUUUGAAAAUACAAUAGAUAAAAUAAAUACUAAAACAAAUCCUCUUUACAUGGAAGAAUUAUUGAGGAUACUUGCCCUUUGUGUAGCCAAGGACAGUCGUAGUUUGUCAUCAUGGAACAAAAUGCAUUCAAAACGUCUUUAUCAAUCCGAACUGCUAAUCAAGCAACUCACGGACGAUUGGGCUUCAAUUCGUUCGGAAGUAGAUGCUAAAUUGCUUAAACAAAUUCUUAGUGUCUUCCAAGUGACCGAAGUGAAGCCGAAGAAGAAUAAAGAGGACUUGUUGAUGCUGGCUUGUCAAAAGAAAUCUCAGGAUCUGAUUAAAAAAAUGUCAGCAUCAACAAAAAAAGGCAGAUCCUUCCCGUGGACUAAGGGUUCAUUUAUUCUUUUAAUACUCAUUGGAGCGCUUGUGGCAUUUGAUUGCAGCAAGCAUGGUUCGUUUGAAGCCUCAACAACUGGAAGACUUAUGAGAACAAGCGGAGUUGUUGGUUAUGGACAGAAAGCGUGGUCGUCGACGAAGAGUUAUUCGAAUAAGGGCUUAGCGUAUUUGGAAACCAGCUAUCCGGAUUACUACAAGACAGCUUCUACUUGGGGAAGACAAUACGCAAAACUAACUGGUGACUUUUAUCUUGUCGGUAGAAAUUUUGUUUUUAAAUUAUAUAACAAUACUGCGGAGUUUGUUGAACAAAAGAAGCCUAUUGUGGUUGACAGCGUUGAACAUUACUUUCCGGGCUGGCUGGAUACCGUUCAGAAGUUUGGGUCAAAACAAUUGGAGUUGACGAAAAAAUAUUCAGCUGACGCUUCUGAUUUUAUUGUUACCCAAUCGACAACUUUUAUCAGGUGGCUGGAGACUAGCGUUUUUGUGUAA